AUGUCGCAACCUACUCCGCGCAGCCCGCCGCAGGGCUCUGUGUCUGCUGCAUCAGAAGGAUCGCGCUCUCCGCCUCAGGCGUCGUCCGGUCCACAUCAGAACUCCGGCAAAGCGAUUUUUUGUCAAGAUGUGCCUGCCUCUGUCGCCGUGUUUCCCUCCUCAGGCGCGCGGCCUUCCGCGGCGCCCUCGGGUGCUCAGACUGGAGCGCCGGCCGUCACAGUGACGGUCGCCCCCGCGCCAUCUGCUGGCGUUCUUUCGACCACGGCCCCCAUUACGUACGUGUCUGGUUCCCAGACGGGCGACUCGGCUCGUCCGUAUCCUCUGGUUUUCGUCGACCCUCCCUCUGUCUCGAGUCUCCAGUACCCUGUGUCGCCUGCCACGAGCUCUUCGUCGCUUUCGCGCACAGUCCAGUGGGCGCGAACUUCUGCGGCUGCGUCUAGCACCGGAACGCCUCUGCGCACAGACGCGGAGCUGCUUUUGAAACCAAUGGCGCAGGCGCCUGUCUACCGCAAACAAGAGGCGAGUGCGGCGCCGUCGACCUCUGACACGCACUACUACCGCGUCCCCUGUCCCGUGACCGCGUACGGAGCUCCGUCCGGCGCGCCGGGCGCGGAGACUGUGACGACGCGCUUCAUCAGCACGUCCGCAGAAGCGGCUGCGAUGCCUGCGCUCGGGGUCCCGACCACAACCGCGGUCUCCAGGGCCUGCGUCAUGCGAGAAGAGCCCCACUACACGGAAUCCGCCGGCGACCGGCUCCUCCUGCCGAUGAGAGAAGUCGACCAGUUCACCUCCAACUGCACAGUUUCCGAGCCCGCGUAUGACCUGGGUCAGGCUGUCGAGGUGCGGACAGUCCCCACCAGGCGCCGCCGCCGAAAGAUGAGAGGCUGCGGCGACUGCGCGUUUUGCCGAGACUGCGCGAUCCCGUUCAUGGACACGCUAGCCACGUGUAUGUCGGCACUGCUGCUGCCCUACGCGGGAAACCCGACUGGUUCGCUGGUUCAGCCUGACGCGCACGCCUACUACCAGACUGGCUACUACGGCUUGCCGCAGACGCCUGCAGGUCCGACCGUUGACACCAUUUGCAUGGACUGCGGAGACAUCGUGGGCAGCGAGAAAGUCGACGAGUUGAUGUUCGUCGACAUGGUUUCCAAGGGCGACCUUUCCAGCUACACGGCGAUGAAGAGACGCACCGAAGAGGAGGAAUCAGGAAAAAUCCCUCUGCCCGCGUUUGCCUACGCUCCGCCCAGGUCCCCGCCCUCCAAGAAAGCCAACAAGAGCGAAGCGAGCGAUGAAGAUAAGUGGGAGCGCCGGGCUCGCGAGUCGGAGAAUCGCCGCGGACGUGAGUUCGCGUACCCGAAGGACGACAGCGGGCGUGUGGCGCUCCCCGCCUUCAAGCUGGAGGAGAAGGAGAAGAAGGGAGGGAAAGGCAACAAGGGAUCUUAA